UACUUUGAAAAUCUCCACCCGGACGUAGUUCCCCUAACGCAGAUGGCGUACAUCCUGACGGUUUGACAACACUCGCCGUCUUUUUUCUUAAGACAGAGAAAAAAACAAACAUGUAAAAAAUAAAAUAUAUAAAUCCACGCCAGUGAGCGAGUGUGUCCGUGACGACGCAGACUAGUUCGUGGCCAGGUGUGGACGCGUUUCUCGGCGGACAUUUGAGGCCGACAGGAGGGGAAGAGGAAGAAGAAAACAAACGGCUAGUUUCUGCUGGAUCGUGUCGUCGUUUCGUUAUUUCGCUUCGUGGUCGGAGAUGAGUAUGUAGCUAAUGUGGAGCUCUUCUGUGAAAUACCGUCGACUUUCUCCUGUUUGAGUCUGUGUUUUGUGUUUUAAAGCCGAGGUCAGACAACCCCGCAGGCCUUUACACUCUGUGUGUUUGUUUUUCUACUCUCCAAAAAAAAACCAAGUCGCGUUUAUUUAACAUUACGGUAAUUUAACUGAAAACACACAGUGACGUUACGAUGAGUUUCUUCAGUUUUGGACAAAGUGCAGAGAUCGACGUGGUGUUGAAUGACGCCGAGACGAGGAAGAAGGCUGAACACAAGACUGAGGAUGGAAAGAAAGACAAAUACUUUCUCUUCUAUGAUGGAGAGACUGUCAGUGGGAAGGUGAAUGUCACGCUCAAGAACCCCGGGAAGAGGCUCGAGCACCAGGGCAUCAAAAUCGAGUUUGUCGGCCAGAUAGAGCUGUAUUAUGACAGAGGAAACCACCAUGAGUUUGUUUCUUUGGUGAAAGAUCUUGCAAGACCGGGUGAAAUAACUCAGUCGCAGACCUUCGACUUCGAAUUCACUCAUGUUGAAAAACCCUACGAGUCUUACACAGGCCAGAAUGUGAAGCUAAGAUAUUUCCUUCGUGCCACGGUGAUCAGAAGACUAAAUGACAUCAGUAAAGAGAUGGACAUUGUUGUCCACACGUUGAGCACUUACCCCGAACUCAACUCCUCCAUUAAAAUGGAAGUUGGGAUUGAGGACUGUCUCCACAUUGAGUUUGAGUACAACAAAUCCAAGUACCAUCUGAAAGAUGUAAUUGUGGGGAAAAUCUAUUUCCUGUUGGUGAGGAUUAAGAUUAAGCACAUGGAGAUUGACAUCAUCAAACGCGAGACGACGGGCACCGGGCCAAGUGUGUACCAUGAAAAUGACACUAUUGCCAAGUAUGAGAUCAUGGACGGAGCUCCAGUCAGAGGAGAGUCUAUUCCCAUCCGGUUAUUUCUGGCUGGUUAUGAUCUGACUCCCACCAUGAGAGACAUCAACAAGAAGUUCUCUGUGCGUUACUACCUGAAUCUGGUGCUGAUCGAUGAAGAGGAGAGACGCUACUUCAAACAACAGGAAAUCACACUGUGGAGGAAAGGCGACGUGGUGCGGAAGAGCAUGUCUCAUCAGGCCGCCAUUGCCUCUCAGCGGUUCGAGGGCUCGGCCGCCUCGGAGAGCGCGCUGGAGCAGGCCGCGAGGGAGGAGAGCGGUUAGAGCCGCGGCUCUCCUCCAGCCUCUCCUCUUUCAAGACUCGUCAGCGUCUGUGUCAGGGAGUGUCGGAGGUACCCGUCAACUGUACAACAUCUGGUGAAGCAGCUGUUAUUUGUAGCCGCUGCUGGGAGGAAGAAGGGAGAUCGACAUACAGUUAUAUAGUAUGUGAACAAUGAAACAGUUUGCAUGAGGCAUUCAGAGUGGCUUCAGGCUGCUGGUCUUGUCCUUCCUCAUUAAUGCGUUGUUGUUUUCUUUCUGGGAAUCAAACUAAUCACCUGUCGCGAUGUCCACUGUGUAAAAUCUAUCAUGUGAAACUCUUUGAAUUUUGAAGCCUUCUUUUGGUUACACGCUAACGCUUUUUUCCGGAUAAAUUAAUUUCUAAUCUCUUUUAAUUAACUGAAAUGUCAUGAAGUGUCCCAACAAAAUGCAUCUCCAACAUUCCACCUUAAACGAAUGCAUUCCUAACACUGUUAUAAGGUCAUCUGAGAUAACUUUGCACUGCUAUAUCUUGCUGAACACAUUUUUCUCUUUGUGUUUCUGUUUGCACAAAAAAAAAGAAAGAAAGAAAUAGUGGAAACUGGAAUCCUAAUUCCUUUUUUUUUUGAGCGAGAGAAGUAUUAUCCCACAUCUUUGUUUGUUUUUUUUUAUCUGUAAAUAAGACCAGCUAAAACCUUUAAUCCUGUUCUCUGGUCCAUCAAUGUGUACAUUGAUUAUACAGUACACGGUGCCACAAAAUGACCUUUCAUGUUCAUGUGCUUUACCUCAGCAUUCCAGUAUUGUUAGGAAAGGGUGUCGUAUUAAGGUCUGAUAGUAUGAAGUCCUCUGUAUCUUCUUUAUUAGAGACUUGAAGGUUGUGCCUAAGUGUGUCAAGCAAAUGAAAUCCUCCUGCCUCUAACAUAAUUUUAGUCUUUUAAACUAGAGAAAUGUUACAUUACAACUAUCUAUCUUUUGCAAAAUGCUAAUCAAUUCUUCCUUGUUCCCAAAAGUCAAAUAAAUUGAUGCCAAAUGAAAAAAUAAAAAAUAAAUAAAUCUCCGACUUUGGUUGUAUUGUG